CCCCCACUUAUGAGUGAGAACAUGCAGUGUUUGGUUUUCUGUUCCUGUGUUAGUUUGCUGAGAAUGAUGGUUUCUACCUUCAUCCUUGUCCCUGGAUGAAAGUUCGUGUCCUUCAUGAAAGGACAUGAACUCAUCCUUUUUUUAUGGCCACAUAGUAUUCCAUGAUGUAUAUGUGCCACAUUUUCUUUAUCCAGUUUUUUUGAUCACCAAUCACAGCUUUAACGUCACCUCAUUCUUCUUGAUUGAUAGUUAAGAAUUUUUAAGAUACCCAAUCAGAGAAUUUGAGUAAGAUACCCAAACCAGAGAACUCUUUGUUUCUGACAACAUCCAAUCCAGAGCAAAGUCCUGCUUUUGUGAACUCUCCCCUAAAACACCUAACACAAAUUCAAAUCAUAUAAGUUAUGGCAGACACAUUCUUACUGAGAUUCCCCACAGUUCCCUAAUUGCAGUGGGUCAGGAAACAGACAUUUGUCCAAUAACAGAUCUGAUCCAGGUGGUUUUUGACUGAAGGUCUUUAAUAAUAUUAAUAGCUUAAAGACUAUCAAGUGUGCUAAAAUGUAAAUGUUUUUGCAUAUAUAUAUAUAAUAUACAUAAUAUAUAUAUAUUAUAUUAUAUUCUAUACGAAUAUUUUCCCCAAAGAUAGCCUCUGGAAAGCAGCAAAAGUUUGAGCUAGAGAACAACUGAAGCUUCAAGUAUAUACAUAAUUGUGGUUUUUUUGAUCAGCCAAUAUUACCAUUAUAUGGUACAUUUUCCUAGACUACUUUUGAAAGACUACACUGUCAACAUGAUAUAGCCUAUAAGUUGAAGUUCUAAACAUUCUUUCUAUGGAUUGGUAGACUUUCUGUUAAGUGGUUUGCCAUAAAUUCAAACAUAUCUGAAGGACUAAUAAACCACUACUGAAGGACUUGCUAAAAACAAUAUAUUCAAGAUUCAAAAUUUAUUUGUCCAAAACACCUGCUCCUGACCUCCCACAAGAUAAGCUAUUUAGAGACGGUUGAAAUUUUUAUAAUAUUAUACUUUGGAUGAAUACAGGCUUAAUGAUUCAUCUGUUAUUCUUCCAAUUUGAAUAGUUGACAAAUUAUACUUUUAUUAUUUCUAUCUGGUCAACAGUAUGGUUUCCUGACACCAUCUUUCUGUGUAUGCAAUGCACUCUAGAGAGUACUUAAGCUUUUUUAAAAAAAUCAUAAGUUAUUCAUUAGUAAACUUACAGGGAAUUAAAUAAUGUUUGGGUUAAAAUUGCAAAACACAGUUAAUCCUGUAUGUCUAAUAUGAUGCUUUAUUGCAUUUUCAAUAUAGAUUAUUAGGAAAUAUUAAACUAUAGAACAGUUUUUUUAUUAAACACUUUUGUCAAUAUUAUUUUCUUAUUCCAUGUUAAAAGUUUACCUUCACUGGGAAGAAUAUUAAAGAUAAAAUAGAAAAUGUUAUUUUACCCUUUACAGUGCAGUGGUAUAUAGCGUUUGCAUAUAUGCCUACCAGACUUCAAAAUGGGAAAUGGAAAUGAAGACAUUCUAGAGAAGUUUUCUAGAAUGGGGGAAGAAAGUCUAGCUUCUACAUUUGGGGAAUGGCUUGAAAUAUUUGUGAUUUUAUGAUGGAAAGACUAAGUAAAGAGGAAGGUUGGACAUAACUUACUUGGCAAAACUUAGGAAUUUGGAAAUGGGUAGUUCCCCUAAAACCUGACAAAGGAAUAUUGGAAUUUAGAAAUAAUUAUAGUACUUCAAGGAGUAUAAAGGAAGUAUUGAUGGAUAAUAUUUGUGCCUCAUCUUUGAAGCUUUGGUGACGAUGAUGAUGAUGAGUGGAACAUUAAAGGUGCAGAAUAUAGUAAAUGAUCUUUGGAAAUCUAAUAUCUAGUUAUGGAGAUUAUGCUGAAACAUAAUCAUAUAAUUAAGUAGAAAUAUAUAUUUAAAUGAAUAUGUAUUUGAUGGAAGGGGAAAUAGGUGGUUAAGAAGACAGGAAUAAGGGUAGGCUAGAAUAGUCAGGAAAAAUAUCAUGACUGGGGUUGGGCUUCGCCUGAGCUUUAAAGAACAGACAGGAUUGUAAGAGAUGAAGAAAAUGCGAAGGACAUUUAGGCUGUAUGGUCAUCAAUAUAUGCUGCUCCUCAUCAUCAAAGUUAAUAAACAUAUUAGCAUACGUUUUCUCCAGGAUAUUUCACUAAGCACUGUUGGGGAUAGAGUAAGCACCUAUCCAUGAGGCAUUUACAGAUUGACUGGAUGCUUGUUGAAUUUACUUAGCAGACCUUUCUAAAGGGCUUCUAGUCAUAGAAAGCAUACAGAGUUACAGUCAAAAAUUGGUCAGCAUGACUGUCCAGCAGCAGAAUUCUUGGUCCAAUGACAAAUAAAUCUUACGUGGUGUAUUCUUUUGUUCUUAUGUUUUAAUAUAUUUAUGUAAAAAAAGAAUGUGAUUUCAAAUAACCCUCUCAGUCCUACUUUUCUCAUAUCUGAAAUAAAGGUGUUAAAGAACUGGAUCUUUGAAGGCCCGUGUGGACUUGUAAUUGCAUAGUUCUUUGUCCUGAGUUUAUCAGCGUACAACAUAUAACAUGAAAGAUUUACCUAAUACAUCUUAGUCUUAGUGGUGCGAAGUAUAUGAAAAUAGAGUGUUGUUCAUAUAUAUUGUUGCAUGCUAUUUUAGCCUUGUUUACAGCUUAAAAAAUAGUUCAAAUUGACCAUUGGAAUAGACCACUUGGAGCUCCUGCUGGAUCAGCCAGCACCAAGUUGUGCCCACUAUUCAGAAUUUUGAAAAAACAAAGUAUCACUAUAUUAUCUCAUUUUUAAAAAUCUGCAUAAUUCUUAUGUUGCUCUUCAGUCUUUCCAUUUCUCUGUUUUCUUUCAAAUCUGCAUAGGUAUUAAUAUAAAGAGAAGAAAGCUUCAAAUAUGGAUCUCAUCACACUAGACAACUACGGAAUUCCAUUAACUGAAGUAUGCUUAGGAAAUAUGCUAUAAUCAAUUUUAUGUGGUAGGAUAUGUUGGAGAAUGUUAGAUCAGUGUUAGCUCACUCACUGUAGACACAAUCCCGUGGACACCUUGACUCCCCCAUUCCCCAUUCUGCCAGCCCUCCACAUUCAUUGUCUUAGGGAUGGAAUCACACAACAGAAACACUGAGAGAGAAAAGAUGCCAAUUCUUGUCUUUUGAGUUGCACAAGCCAAGACCACAGCAUAGAUGAGUUUGUGAAGAAGAUAUGAUGACCCACGCAAAGCUCCCCUCAACUUUGCCACUGAGAUAAAAGGCCGCUUGAAGAUGCCAUUGAAGAUGAGGAAGAAGAAUGUCCAUCAGAGGAAACAGACAUCAUCUCCAAAGGAGACUUUCCACUGGAGGAAAGCUUUUCCACAGAAUUUGGGCCUGAAAAUCUGAGUUGUGAAGAAGUGGAAUACUUUUGUAACAAAGGUGAUGAUGAAGGAAUCCAGGAGACAGCAGAAUCAGAUGGGGACACACAGUCAGAGAAACCGGGGCAACCUGGAGUUGAGGCAGACGACUGGGAUGGACCAGGAGAGCUGGAGGUGUUUCAGAAAGAUGGGGAACGAAAAAUUCAGAGUCGACAGCAGCUUCCAGUGGGAACAACCUGGGGGCCGUUUCCUGGGAAGAUGGACUUGAAUAAUAAUUCUCUGAAGACAAAGGCUCAGGUCCCAAUGGUGCUGACUGCUGGUCCCAAGUGGUUGCUGGAUGUGACUUGGCAAGGAGUGGAAGACAACAAAAACAACUGCAUUGUGUACAGCAAAGGGGGUCAACUUUGGUGUACAACUACGAAGGCCAUCUCUGAGGGUGAAGAGCUAAUUGCCUUUGUGGUGGAUUUUGACUCAAGGCUACAAGCUGCCAGUCAGAUGACUCUCACAGAAGGGAUGUACCCUGCACGCCUGCUGGACUCAAUUCAGCUGCUUCCUCAGCAAGCUGCCAUGGCUUCUAUUUUGCCCACAGCUAUUGUCAAUAAGGAUAUAUUCCCUUGCAAGUCCUGUGGCAUCUGGUAUCGGAGUGAGCGGAAUCUGCAGGCCCAUUUGAUGUACUACUGCAGUGGGAGGCAAAGAGAAGCUGCUCUGGUGUCAGAGGAAAAUGAAGACAGUGCCCAUCAGAUUUCCAGCCUGUGCCCUUUCCCACAGUGCACCAAGAGCUUUUCAAAUGCUCGAGCUCUAGAAAUGCACCUGAAUUCACACAGUGGAGUGAAAAUGGAAGAAUUCCUGCCCCCUGGUGCUAGUCUAAAAUGCACCGUCUGUAGCUACACUGCUGAUUCUGUGAUCAACUUUCACCAACACCUGUUCUCCCAUCUCACUCAAGCUGCCUUCCGAUGUAAUCACUGCCAUUUCGGCUUCCAGACUCAGAGGGAGUUAUUGCAGCACCAGGAACUCCAUGUCCCUAGCGGCAAACUUCCCAGAGAAAGUGACAUGGAACACUCUCCAAGUGGAACCGAAGACAGCUUACAGCCAGCCGCAGACUUAUUGACCAGAAGCGAACUUCCCCAGAGCCAAAAGGCCAUGCAGACUAAAGAUGCAAGCUCUGACACAGAGUUGGACAAAUGUGAGAAAAAGACUCAGCUCUUUCUCACGAACCAGAGACCAGAGAUACAGCCUACAACAAAUAAACAAAGCUUUUCUUACACAAAAAUAAAGUCUGAGCCCUCUAGCCCAAGACUUGCCUCAUCUCCAGUUCAGCCUAAUAUUGGGCCUUCUUUCCCUGUGGGUCCUUUCCUAUCUCAGUUUUCUUUCCCCCAAGAUAUCACCAUGGUCCCUCAAGCUUCAGAGAUCUUAGCCAAGAUGUCUGAACUGGUGCAUCGGCGACUGAGGCAUGGCAGUAGUAGCUACCCUCCCGUCAUUUACAGCCCUUUGAUGCCUAAGGGGGCUACUUGUUUUGAGUGUAACAUAACAUUCAAUAAUUUGGAUAAUUAUCUAGUGCACAAAAAGCAUUACUGCAGCAGCCGUUGGCAGCAGAUGGCUAAGUCCCCAGAGUUCCCUAGUGUGUCAGAAAAGAUGCCUGAAGCUUUGAGUCCCAACACUGGCCAAACCUCCAUAAACCUUCUCAACCCAGCUGCUCAUUCGGCUGAUCCUGAGAAUCCACUUCUUCAAACAUCUUGCAUCAAUUCUUCCACUGUCUUAGAUUUAAUUGGGCCAAAUGGGAAGGGCCAUGACAAGGACUUUUCCACUCAAUCUAAGAAGCUCUCCACCUCCAGUAACAAUGAUGACAAAAUUAAUGGAAAACCUGUUGAUGUGAAAAAUCCCAGUGUCCCCUUAGUGGAUGGGGAAAGUGACCCAAAUAAGACUACCUGUGAAGCUUGCAACAUUACCUUCAGCCGGCACGAAACAUACAUGGUCCACAAACAGUAUUACUGUGCUACACGCCACGACCCUCCACUAAAGAGGUCUGCUUCCAACAAAGUGCCUGCCAUGCAGAGAACCAUGCGCACACGCAAGCGCAGAAAGAUGUAUGAGAUGUGCCUACCUGAGCAGGAACAAAGGCCUCCACUGGUUCAGCAGAGAUUUCUUGACGUAGCCAACCUCAAUAAUCCUUGUACCUCCACUCAAGAACCCACAGAAGGGCUAGGAGAGUGCUACCACCCAAGAUGUGAUAUCUUUCCAGGAAUUGUCUCUAAGCACUUGGAAACUUCUCUGACGAUCAACAAGUGUGUUCCAAUUUCCAAAUGUGACACUACUCAUUCCAAUGUUUCCUGCCUAGAGAUGGACGUGCCCAUAGAUCUCAGCAAAAAGUGUUUAUCUCAGUCUGAGCGGACGACCACGUCUCCCAAAAGGCUGCUGGACUAUCACGAGUGCACCGUGUGCAAGAUCAGUUUCAAUAAGGUAGAAAACUAUCUGGCUCACAAGCAGAAUUUCUGCCCGGUUACUGCACAUCAGCGUAAUGACCUGGGUCAACUGGACGGCAAAGUGUUUCCGAAUCCAGAAAGCGAACGAAACAGCCCUGAUGUCAGCUACGAAAGAAGCAUAAUAAAAUGUGAGAAAAAUGGGAAUUUGAAGCAGCCUUCCCCCAAUGGAAACUUAUUUUCAUCCCACCUAGCAACCCUGCAAGGCUUGAAGGUCUUUAGUGAAGCCGCUCAGCUCAUUGCUACAAAAGAAGAAAACAGACAUUUGUUUCUUCCACAAUGCCUUUACCCUGGAGCAAUAAAGAAAGCAAAAGGAGCCGACCAGCUUUCUCCAUAUUAUGGAAUCAAGCCAAGUGAUUAUAUUUCUGGUUCUCUUGUCAUCCAUAACACUGACAUCGAGCAAAGCACAAAUGCAGAAAAUGAAUCUCCUAAAGGCCAGGCUUCCUCAAAUGGGUGUGCUGUGCUGAAGAAAGAUUCUCUGCCAUUGUUGCCCAAAAAUCGAGGAAUGGUAAUAGUGAAUGGUGGACUGAAACAAGAUGAGAGACCUGCUGCCAACCCACAGCAAGAGAACAUUUCCCAGAAUCCUCAGCAUGAAGACGACCACAAAUCUCCCUCGUGGAUCUCUGAGAACCCAUUAGCUGCCAAUGAGAAUGUCUCACCAGGAAUUCCCUCAGCAGAGGAACAGUUGUCUAGUAUAGCAAAAGGUGUGAAUGGUUCCAGCCAGGCUCCAACCAGUGGGAAAUAUUGCCGGCUGUGUGAUAUCCAGUUCAACAACCUUUCAAACUUUAUAACUCACAAGAAGUUUUAUUGCUCAUCACAUGCGGCGGAACAUGUCAAAUGAACUAACUAAAUAAAUAUCAGUCACCUUUGGUAUCAGUGUUUAGUAUGUUGUUCUAACCAGUCCAGAAAAAAAAAAAAAAGCUGUUUGAAUUACAUCUGGGCAAUCAGGAGAUAAUUCAUUAUGGCUGAGUUGAAGACUUAAGGUGUAAUUUCAUUACAGUCCAUUAGUAAAGUGUAUUAUUGGUGCCAUUUUCAAAAAAAAUUAAUUUAUUUUACCAGCAGUAUUCAUAGCUGUGGUUAUGUUAUUUUUUAUUUAAAAACUUUAUAUUAAAGUCAUUUGUAAUGUUAUUGUAUAGUUAUUGUGUAGCACAUAUGGUUUGCACUGUAUAGUAGCUUUUAAAGAAAAUAGUCACAAACAAUACAGAAAAGCAUUUUAGAAAUAGCUUCAAAAGCACUCGUGUAUCUUGAUUUUUUCUUAUAUGCUGUUGCAGAUAUAUGUAUAUGCUAAAAUAUAACUUGCAAAGAUGUUCUAAAUACACAUGCUAUAAGUUCGCCUUAAGAUUUCAAUUCUUGGAUAAUCAGGCUCCGUUUGCACUUUAUAUUUUAGCAGAUACAGUUUCUUAGUCAUUAGGCUUUGCAUUUGUAUGUAGCUGUAUGUUUCCGUCCAUUUUCUUAAUCCUAAACCUGUAUGUUAAAUGAAGAUGGCAAUUUUUUUCUUGUAUAGUACUUGUAUUUUCUUUCGCUGAUGCAGCUCUGUCUCAAUUUUUAAACCUUUGCUGUUAAAUGCAAUACUUUAUAAAGAAUGAACAAAAUUACUGGAAGCAGUAUUGUAAGUCAUGAGGUAGUAUUAAUCAGUUUUAUCUUUUGAAAGGCACAGUCUAAAUCGAAACCCUAAACUCAAUGCUGCAAGUAUGAAUUUAAUUCAUAUAUAAGAUCUAUUUAAAUAUAAGAGUAGCAAUACUGCACCUGGUGAUCACAAAGAUAAUGUUCUACUUCUGAUAGAAAUAAUUUCUCAACAAAUGUUGUUACUAUGCAUGUAUAUGGAUGGAAUAAAAUUCCAGAUUGUUGGAGAA